AUGUUAUGUAUUUUAGAAGCUAAAGUCAAUAUCGAGGCCCUUGCUGAUCCUUGGUUUGUUAAUUCUCACACGAUUUUUAACAAUGAGGGCAAUAGUAAUAAUUUCUGUCAUUCCAAUCCUGGUCGGAUUUGGAUUAAGUGGAACCCGCGGCUUAUCUCUUUUUUACCCCUUUUUAUUUCUUCUCAAAUUAUUCAUGGCACUAUUAUUGUGGUGUCGCAAUCUCCUAUUUUACUUUCUGUUAUUUAUGCUGCUAACAAUUUUAAUGACAGAAAUAUUUUAUGGGAGCAAUUGAGGAGUUUGGUGCCGGACCCCUCCAUGGCUUGGGUUAUCAUGGGGGAUUUUAACUGUUACAGGUCUGAAGAGGAAAAAUCCGGUGGUAACCAGUCUCCUAGUAGCCAGAUGGGUGAGCUUAACAAAAUUAUUUUUGAUUGUGGUGUGCUUGACUUAGCCUCUGUAGGUCUUUAUUACACUUGGUACAAUCAAAGGAUCGAUUCCCCCAUUCAUAUUAAGUUAGACAGAAUUCUUACUAACAAUACGAUGCUGGAUAGAUUUCCUUCGGCUUUCUAUAAAGUUUUGCCUACUCAUUGUUCUGACCACUCUCCGUUAAUUUUAUUUACCUCCAUCCGGGAUAAGAAACCUUCUAGAUUCAUGUUUAAAAAUUUCUGGAUUAAUAUGAAUGGGUUUUAUGAGGAGGUUUUAAAUGCUUUUGAUAGACAUUUUAACUGCAGUCCUAUUGCUGCUUUCAAUAGAUCUUUGCAGAUUCUGAAAAAGUCUCUUAAAGUUAAGAAUUGGUCUUCUUCUUGCUACAUCCUUGAUUCUCUGCAGGAUUUUAAAGCUAGGCAGCAACAGUACAUUACUGAUUUACAACUUGAUCCGAUGAAUUCCAAUUUAAAUUUUCUUUAUAAGCAAGCUUUUGACAACAUUAACAUUUUAAGCAAAGCUUGGUCUUCUUGGCUUUUCCAAAGAGCCAAAACCAAAUGGCUUAGGAAUGGUGAAAACGACCUUGGUUUCUUAUUCGCUCAGAUUAGAACCAUGAACAACAUUAAUGCUAUUAAAGAGAUAUCCACUCCUAAUGGUAUUUUUGAUAAGCAGGAAGAUAUUGUUGAGGAGGUUAUUAAGCAUUUUAAAGAUAUUUUUAAUUCUCCUAAGCCGAGUAAGGAAAACAAUUUCAAUUUCCCUGUUGGUAAUAGGAUUCCUGAAAAUAUGAUUAGCUCCUUAACUGAUCUUUUUUUCUGA